AUGGACGUUGAUUUCCUCACGGAUGAUCCUCUAGAUGAUGUUAAAUGGCCAAUUCAACAUCUAGAAGUGACUCCCAGGUUUCUUCAUUGGCUACCUUACCGCUCUAUCACACAAGUCGAGUAUGACGCUUUGCUGGUAAGGGCCCUGGAAAAUCUGAGUCGCUCCGUACAGACGGAGCAAUGGGGCACUAAUUUAAUGGAGUGGUGUCAAUAUUUGAAGUACUUAUUCGCUUUGAAGUAUCCGAUGUCGCUCGCGCUUCGAGCUCGUAUGGCUCGUCUCUUCUAUGAGCUGGCAGUCAUGCCUAAGCUCGAUGCUUCAUUGACGGAAAUGGCGGCGACAAUUUGUGUGCAUUUGCUAAGUCCGAAACAACAAAUAAGCAUCAAGGACCUGGAAUUGCCUUGGAAGCCUUUAUAUCAUGUGUUGGAGCAUGCAGUUCGCCACAAGCAACGAAGAAUCGGUUCAUCCUCCAUAGCAGGUGUGCUCUUGGACUUGGCGGAAUGCUGUCAGCGUUUUUUUCCGGCUUCUGAAGCAUCAGCUAUGUUAGAGGCAAUGCUUCCGAAUCUAGACGGACAUGACUUAAAUUCCGUCAUUUCUGUACAAGCCCUCCUCGUGCAUUUUCUUCCUUUAUCGAAACCGGAUGAAUGGCUUCCAGCAUUAUUCCAACUUUGGGCGACAUUCAAGUCUUCUCUAUUUGAUGACCAGAUGCUUGAUCUUUUGGCGCGUCUGACUGAGCUACAUGUGACGGAGCCGCAUAGCACAUCGAAGUGGUCGGAAACAGGCAUCUUCAGUGACGAACAAUUUGCGUUGAUCAUGACCAAGUGCUUACGGUCAGCGGGUCUUCCAGUUGGUGUGAACAAAACGGCUAAUGCUGCCUUGAUGGCACAGUCUGCCUCCGUUCGCGCGGGUGCAGAUGCUACGGCUUCCCAAAAGACGUUACGCAUGAAAAAACCAAGCGAUCGACUGCACUCGUUCGCACUAAUUCUUGUUUACAGUAUAGCCUGUGAUGAUCCGAACGUCAGCUCGUUCGGUGGCUCAAAAGCAUUGGCGCACCUUGCACAGUUUGUACAAGCAACAGAGAUGUACUUUCAUCCAUCUAACUGGGGACCUUGGCAAGAGCAGCUCGCAACCUUUGUUCAGCACCUUACUUGGACAUUUGCGCGACGUGUAAAGGCAGAAAAACAGGAUGACUGUCGGACACCUGCAGAGUGGCGAAUCACACCCAGGAUCCAGGAGGAGUUUGUCAGGAUUUUGCGGACUAUUUGCUUGUUGAGUUUAUUUUCAAAAGAUCCUGUGACUUCGCUGUCCACACAGUCCAGUUUGAAGCGCAUGGCAUUCUUGCAACCUGAAUUGAUCUUGCCGGCCAUCCUUCAACGAAGUUACAAUUCCCUCGAAGCACUCGAAACGACACAACGAACGGGCGUAGUGAUUGCGGUGUUAGCAACCACGUCACAGCCAAUGCUAUCACGUUCACUCUAUGCCGCAGGAGCUAAGCAUCUGGCUCCCCUACUGCACUUGUGCCUUCCUGGUAUCGAUAUGAAUGACUCUAUGAAGACGAUGAGUACAUGUAUGUUCAUUCUUAGUGCAAGUAUCUCGCUGGUUAUAUCAGAUGCUUCAAUGAAUAUGGACGAUUACGAUGACGAGACUCUGAUACGUGUUGACGAUGAAAGCGUGUCCACUUUAUCAGCCGAAGACUAUGCUGCGCGUCUAUCGACAGCUGAUCUUGAUGCUUGGAGUACUGAAUUUAUUCGUCGCGUGCUUGCACUUUUCGCAGCGCUUCCAGAAGAAGGCAAGGGUGGAAAAAUUGGAGAAAAGAAUGAAGAGGCAGUACUGAACAUGUUGAUUGCCACAUGCGAUGCCUUUUGUAGCUCGCUGGGCGAAGAAGCUUUCUUGCGGUGUUUCGAUUUGGUGCUAGACUAUGUGCGCACGACAACAGCGGCAAAUGGCGUAAAGGUUGUUGGCUCGUUGAUUGGAUGCUUUGCUCGAGCGAACAGUAGUGUUGUGUUGCAGCAUAUUAUUCCCCUAUCGUGCGAGCGUAUCAAGGCAGAGCUUGAGCAUGGAGCAUCAUCAAUUCGCACAACGACCACCAGUGUUCCAUGUCCACAGGAUACGACGUUGCAUUGGCACAUAAAUGUAUUGAGUAAUGCCAUCAUGUUUUCUGGAUCAGCGCUGCUACCGUAUCGUCAAGAGAUUCUUUCCAUCAUGGCGCUGUUAAUUGAUAAUUGCCGUUCUGAACGCGCCUAUGUGUUGAAUGGCAAAUUUGUGCAGCGCGUGUUGACGGCGUUGGUGCAUACGUACCCUUCAGAACAGCGAUGCGUGAAUCCAGAUGAAUGGGACUCGGACGUGCGACGCUUUCAUUCGCACCGCUUGUUUGGUCGCUUGUACACCCAAGAUCAAGUAACUGUCUCCUGGCACGUACCGUCGAAAGAUGAAGUGGAUAUGGCCGUUGAAAUUCUGGAGAAAGUCAUCUCGCCUGUGUUGGACAGGCUUGACGCGCUCUUUGCUUCAUCGAGCUUAACGCAUGACGAAGUGUGGCACAAUGACGUAUGUCGGUACUUGCAUGUCGUGCGGUACGCUUUGGCUGGACAAGUCGAUUUGGCCUCUGACGCAUACUAUCGGCAAAGCGUGGUGCCCACUGAAGACAUGGACGACAUGGACGAUGUGGAUCCUUCGACGCGUGUCCCUCCGAUGGACAUGGGCCAAGGUAUGGCUGCUAUAACGCCGAGUGAUCCUCGGUUCACAUGUGUCAUGGCAUUUCGGGAACGUGUUGGUACAUUGCUUCAACGUGUAUCAGAAGUUGUGUUAACGCUUUCUGCUGACCAUGUGGAUGCCAUGAAACAAGUCGUACGUGCGUUACGCACGUAUCUUGUUCCACACAGUGCGCAUACAGAAGAAGUACAAGGUCUUGCCAAGUCUGUGGCUUUCUUCCGGACGAUCGGGCGUCGCUGGGCCAAGCAGCAGCGUUUUCCGCGGAUAUUGUGGAUCCGCCGUGCUAUGCUUUAUCAUGUAACGCGCCAGCGAUUGCAAUACUUGUAUUUGGGACGCACCGCCUGUGACAAUGCAUUAAUUUUGUGGCUCGAGCGCCUUUGCACGUCUCACUAUGUUCCCGUGCGUCGUAUUGCACAAACGACGCUUGAAAGUGUGUGCACGAUGUAUCGCGGCACCCGCUGGCUGUGCUUGCCCAGUUUGCUGGAACACCUCUCACCCACAGCAAGUGACGAGCAGGUGAAGGGUGCCUUGUAUGUGCUAGCUGCGAAGUCAUUUCAGCGCACCAUUGUACGCAAUCCGCGAUUCACCAGGCCUGUGCUUCGAGCGCUUUUCUGCCUGCAAAGCCGUUCGCGCCCGUCGAUUCAGAAACUUGUGCGUUCCAUUUUAAGUGAUCUUGCAUCUAAGCUCGUCGAUCCUGCGAUGUUCAAGGCGUACUUUCCUUUGCCAUCACUCCACGAUGUGGCUUCCACAUUCAUGACGGUACCGCAGCGUACAGAAACGCCCCGUAUGGCAUGGCUACAAAAGGCAAAUGCUUCCGUCGCCGCUUUGCAACGCGAUAUGCUCGAGCUAUUAAAGUCGCCUAAAACCCACUGGGCGUUUGCACAGCUGGCGAUGCGUGUACUCCGCGCAGUGCUUAGUCGUGACCAGCCGGUCCAACCUGCUAUAGCCGAGCACGUUGCGCGACUGGCUAUUUCAGAUGAUCCAGGAAUGCGUCUUCAUGCCCAGACAACACUCGUGCACAUUCUGUACCUGUCCAAGCUUCAAUCGUUCACGGACGGUAUUGAUUUGUACUUGGAGCGGAUGCACCAGCCCCUCAAGCACUGCGAACCAACGCAGUAUACCGAUGCGCCUGAGAAGCGUGCUGCCAUGUUCCAUGCUCCGCUCAGCAGCACAUCUCAUCUCCACGAUCGGCCUGUGGAGGGUUGGCUCGUCUGGCCUGCUUAUGAUACCUACUAUACCACUGGCCCUCUGCCACCUCUACCACUAGAGACGAAGCAAACUCUAGACGCUAUCGCACGCGUCGUGAACACAGAUGCUUGGUGGCAGGCAUUUGUGCGCCACAUGUCGCUGGAAAUGGAGCGUGACUAUAUGGCUGCUGACACGACGACUUUAGUCAAGAGCCUUUUCCAAAUGCUGGGCACGACACCGCUCACUUAUGCCAAGCCAUACAUUGAGCAAUUGGUGAAUGAUCGGGAUCGACAUAAGCAUCGCGCUGCUGCCGAACUUACUGGUGGAAUUGUGCGUGGAGCGAAGCAUUGGGCGCCGGACGUGGCGCAGGAAGCACUCCAUGCAUGGCUAGGGUCGUGGCUGUCUCGUGUCAUGUGUGAUUGCACGCUCGACAGCCAACCGGCGUGGCAGAUGUGGGUCGAAUAUGUGUUCCAGCAGCGCGACCCUCGACGUCUCUAUGCACUCUUGACAUUUUUGUGGGACCACUCAAAGGGUGCACUCAGUGCUAAAGGACAGCAUCUUGGACCUGGACAACAAGCACACGCAUUGCAGCUUUUGGCAAGUGCCGUGCACGCAUUGCAGGCCAAGUCGCAUGGGUGGGAUGAGGGUAAUAAACUGACUGAUGCCCUCUUUUCUCACUUUGCGCAUGAUUAUCAAGAAGUGCGCAAGGCUGUAUGUGAAACCUUGGUCGAGUGGGAGUGGACAUGGUUGCGGCCUUCGCUGAAAAGUGUGCCAGAACUGUUAGCUCACAGUCGCAGCGCACAUGGCUCCUUGUUGGCCCACAGUGAUGUCAUGCGCCAGAGAUGUGAGGCUCUACAGAAGCAAUUACGUUCUUGGCGCGCACAGCGACAACCAUUGGCGUAUGGUACCUCGAAGUACGAUGUGAUUGCCUCGACCGGGGCGUUAUGGGUAUGCUUGUGUUUAGACGAUCACCGACUUGGGCCCAUGUCCACCUAUGUGCUCUCGCUUGUGCCAGAUCUCUUCGAGGCAUUCCAGCUGCGCGAUAAUGAGGAAUUGUCAGAGACAGCUCACGACGUGCUGGUGCAAGUGGCAUCUCAUCCAUUCAGCGUUGCCCAAGUGCCCGUGCUGCUCGAGGCGCUCCUGGACAUUCUGCGCCGCUCAGAAUCAUGGCACUCGCGACUCGAUGCAUUGCCGCUGUUACAAAUCGUCUACUUCCAAAACCUGUAUCUUUUGUCGCAUGACAUGAAGCGCUGCAUCCUAGAUGUAUUGUGCUCGCUCCUGCACGAUCCUCACGUUGAGGUACGCGACAUGGCGGCAACGACGCUUGCGGGUAUUGUGCGGUGCUCGCAGCGUGCGCAUAUCACGGAGUUGUCACAGACUUUUGCAGACAUGGCUGCCGUUCCCAUCCCGCGGCGCGGUUCACCCGGCUACGAAGCCGCCAUGACUCAAGUGCAUGCGGGUGUGUUGGGCGCAUGUGCCCUGGUGGCUGCCUUCCCGUAUGACGUGCCAUCUUGGAUGCCAUCUCUGGUGCUUGAUACCAUCGCUGUGCACUCGGAGAGCCCUGUGCCCAUUUCGACGACAGUGCGGCGCUGCGCAGCUGAUUUUCGUCGGACGCACCAAGACACAUGGGCCGAAGACCAACAUAAGUUUGGUGACCGCGUACAAGAAGUGCACGACUUCACUGUCGGACGUAGCGACUAUUUUGCCUAG